AUGGAUGAUCUGAGCGUAGAUUUUGGCAGCUUGCUGCACGACAGCGACAACUUCUCAGAUGUGACAGUGGAGUGCCAGGAUGAACAAGGCCGAACCAUGCAGGAAUGGAGGCUGCAUCGAGCUGUGCUGGCAUCGCGCUCACCGUUUUUCCGCAAGGCUUUGACAGACAAGUCGACGACAGCAAGCCAGACAAGCUCGAUUGUAAUCACAGGGCAGGAGCCGAGGGACCUCGGAUGGGUCUUCGAGUGGAUCUACACUGGUGUCUUUGCUCCUGAUGCCUUGAAUGACGAGCAGGGAAUUUACAUGGCCUGCCUCGACAUGGCCCACUGCGCCGACUAUCUGAUGAUGGACAGGCUCAUUGAUGAAGCCAUGAGGUGCCUCCAAGAGAACCUGGCGAAUAAAUCCAUUUUCGCACAAAGGAAACGGAUAAGUUGUACCUCCCAGUACGACCAGGUCGACGAAGGAGAUCUGCUUGGACUAUUCGUCGCUAUACGAUACAUCUUUAAAGCAUGUAUCGACAGCGACCGAACAAACCAUUACGCUACGUUCGCCCAACAAGCGAAAACCGCCUUCUGCAACUUCGUGGCUGACACACACUACUGGAUCUUGCCCGAUCGUAAUUUUCAGAUGCUCUGUCAAGACGUCCCCGAGUUCCACUACCUGGUAUUGCAAAAUUUUGCUGCUGCAUCGGCAGCUGGCAAGGUAUGGGUUGCAAAUUGGGACACGGCCUGUUCGUGGUGCGAGAAACUCAUCUUCGGCGUCAAGCCAUCGUUCUGCGCGCGCUUGGGACAACAUGACAACAAGCUGUACGCAGCUUGCCCCGAUUGUAGCGAGUCUUUUGACGACGACCCCGAUCUGCAACUAGAGAAAGAGGAGCUUUGCGGUCUGUUUCGAGAUAUGGAAAUGAGGCGGCGAGGCAAGACGAAACAAUCUACCAGCGAGGAUGACCCUUUAGGUACUUGGCUCGAAUAA